CAUUCAGUCACAUUCAGACCAGUUGUACACUAUUGGCAUAAAGCACGUUGUUGCGUAAGUGGAAUGUUCAAAUUUAGAGGCUUUUAGGACCUUAUUAAUGGUAGCUUGUUAAAAAGUCGUUUUAAAAUUUGCUGACGCGCGAACUCGGCGUGUUCCAUCAGAGUGUUAAAAAACUAAUUAGCGCCAGUCACUCGCUCCACGUGCUGAAUCACGUGCGACGAGCGUGCGUGGAAAUCCGUCGACGUCACGAAGCUGGACUUUAACCUUUUCUAAGCAACACCCAUGCGUGCAACAACCAAAGUGACAUAACUAACCUAUGCUGGUGGUGGAAUAGAUUAUGUUUCAGCAUGUUAUGCUCACUACAACAUAAAAAGAUGCCGUGUAUAAAUGAAAGGUGGUGGAAUAGAAGCAUACAAGGGAAGUGUUCCUUAUUUUUGCCUAGGGAGACUGAUUAGGAAACACCAAAUAAUGUGAUUUUUCAUGGCGAAAUUAUAGCUGCUGACCCUAAGUGCAGCAUGGUUGUAUGCGUCUAAGCCUCGAAGGGUGCUAUGCGUUGUGGACUAAAACGAAAGCGUUCUAAAUCAAAACAAGUGAAAUUACAUGGUUUUUGACCAUGCUUCAGCUUCACAAGCUCGAAGAUGUUUCCUGGGAUUUAAAAGUGCGAAUUUCUGUGAUCCAAAGUCGCGAAUCGCGUUGAGGUGGCCUCGCAGUGAUAAUGACCUGUCGAUGGCGAGCGAAAAGGUCACUUUUUUGAAAUAUUGUUUUCGAGUACUGAUAGUAACAAGUGAUAGUCCAGCAUCCAUCGUUCCGUGUGUUAUACCUCUGGGAGGCGAAGCCGGCUAGACAUCUGCUCAGUUUGAAGUGCAACGCGAUCGAACAAUGUUCUACAAACGUGAUUUUGCCGUGGAAAGUUAUCAAAGUGCAAUAUAACAUAAGUUUAUUAAAAGUGAUCAUCGAUAUUAAAUAACAUUGCCAACAAUGAUGAAAUCGAACCAAUACGAUAUACUGCGAAUAGUGCCGAAGAGACAAAUCUUCAAAAUCUAUCUCCGAUGUCUUGUGGCAAACUUAAUACUGCUAAUAAAAUGGUUGUUCGAGAGUGUAAAAAAUCGCGUUAAUCAAACAACAAUCAUCAGGAGAGCCAUCGAGCGGACUGAAUUCCCCAACCGACAGCCCAACUUUAUGACCGAAACUAAGAUGGGGCGGCACUCGUACGUGAAAUUGGAGAACACAAAAUUGCAUUACGUCGAAGCUGGCAAUCGGAGUAAUUCAACCUUACUUCUCUUGCAUGGUUUCCCUGAUUGUUGGCUCGGGUGGCGAUACCAGAUUUCCGAAUUAUCCCAGUACUUCCACGUUGUUGCGCUAGAUUUAAAAGGAUUCAACGAUUCCGAUAAACCGAUGUUGCGUUUCGAGUACACACCGAAAAAGUGUGUGAAGACUUGCGCAAAUUCUUAAUUGCCAUCAGCGCUAAAAGCGU